AUGGAACGCGCCCUACAAAAAAUUCUAGUGGUCGGUGGAAAUGGCUUUGUGGGCUCCGCUGUAUGCAAGGCUGCUCUCGCUCGAGGGUACCAAGUGACCAGUAUAAGCUCGUCAGGCAGCCCAUUUCGCACACCGAAAGGCCAUUCGCCCGCCUGGACUUCACGCGUUGAUUGGCAUAAAGCUGAUGCCCUGAAUCCCGAAACAUACGCGCAUUUAUUACCGGGGGUCUCAGCCGUCGUUCACACGCUCGGCACCUUGCUCGAAGACACGGGAUACAAGCAAGCAUUGCGAGAGGGAAAUGUCGGCGGUGCGGUGAGCAGCUUCGUCUCCAGCAUCUUUGGUGGGACCGGGAACCCUUUGAAGAGAGGGGUUGGUGGUGGACGGAGCGGAACGACGUAUGAGGUGUUGAAUCGUGAUGCUGCGUUGCGAGUUGCUGAGACGUUCCUGGAGAGUACGCCGGAACCCAGUCUGCAACUUCUUGGUCCUCGACCAUUCGUCUAUCUUUCUGCGGAAGACAUAUUCAGACCCAUCAUCCCCGCACGAUACAUCGAGACAAAACGAGAAGCCGAAGCAGGUAUAGAGAGCUUGAUAGCCAGCAGAACUCACGAGUAUCGCGGCGUAUACAUCAGACCGAGUCUCAUCUAUCAUCCUCACUUCCGUCCCUUCACCUCACCCGCUGCCGCUCUCCUCGACCUCUCCUCCGUCGUCCAUGCCAGACUCCCACCAGGUUUACCCACGCCCUCGAAUCUCCUACGUACACUCUCUGCCGCAUUGCCCGCGUCAUCCUCAUCCUCAUCCCCCGUGCAAUCCUCUCCGUUGGAGUCUAUGGCGAACGCUCUGGUGCUACCGCCCAUCCAUGUGGACCAUGUCGCCGAGUCGAUUUGUAUUGCCGUGGAUAAUACGAGGGUCGACGUACACGGUGUGGUCGGUGUCAAGGAAAUGAGGAGGUUGAUUGGGUGGGCCGAGAAGGGUACUGCUGUCGAUCAUGUAAAUCCUCAGUCGAGCUGA